AUGUCACCUACUACAAAUACCGUCAUUCAAGUCUACAGCGCGGUGAGGAUCAGCGGGCCUUUGAUCAACGGUCUUCGCAAUGAUGUCAAUGUCAUCCUGAAUGGUGUAUUUGAUGGCUCUUUAAAUCCUUGGGUGCCGACUGUCACUGGGCUUGUGGGUCUCGUGACUGGUCUCGUCAACUCCCUCUUAUUCACUUUGGUGAAUGGCAUAGCCUCCGUUGGGAUCCCCCUUCCGCUGGGUUUGGGCCAGCCUGUGUUGUAUUUGACCGAAACGCUCUCGAUCGCAGCAAAUCAAGCAUGGUAUCUGCAGGCUGAUGUCUACUUGAUCAAUGCUCAAGUCAGCACCUCAACAUCUUGCACAAUUUAUUUCCGCACCGAUCAGGAGAUUCUCUGGCAGUAUUACUACGACCGCUGCUCCCAACAGGGCAGAAUAAACGGAAGCGGCAUCGUGACCAAGGCAGCGACAUCUUUCUACACGCAGACGGCUUGCACGGGCUCUACGGAUGUCAGCAUCGGCUUUGACAACAUCAUAUGGAGGCUGUAUCCUCUUGCAGCGGGACUGAGCCCAAUUGUCUUGACUGCGGUUCAAGUCUUAACGAACAACGACUUCGGAGCUGGUGUAUUGGCGCCCUGGAUGCAGAACUUCGUGUCCGCCACCACAGAUGUCACCAUCACCACAGCAAGGGCGUUGCAGGUGGCUUUUAAUCGGAUUGCUGCAACGGCGAGUCCAUGUUCGAUUACCCAGACUCUUAAUCGUAUUCGCGCAGGACAAACAUACUGGUUACGGGCUUCCGUGGCAGUCACAAUUGCCAGCUCCGCGGGCGUUGCUGGAUUAGGUGCAAGGGCCUCGACUUGCGAUAUUGUGUUGGGAGCAAAUUUCUGGUCAACGACAGCCACGGCAGCUUCCAGCGUAUGGAAUGUGAAUGUUACCGGGAUCGCGACCAGUGACUAUACAAACUUUACGAUGUUUGCGAACUGCUACGGGAAUGCUGUGGCGACAGUGACCUUCGACAACAUCUUCUUGACGAGAGAUGUUACUCUAUUCUAG